AUGUCUUCGACAGCACCCGCACCGGCGAGACGACCUCGACAGCGCCAGUCGCAGCGCCAACUCGAGGGCAAGAUAGGCUUGCUGCAUCGCCUGCCCCCAGCUGCACGCCGCGGAACCCAAUCGCCAUGCUGCCCGCAGGCCUCGCGUGGAGCGCACCGCGAGCUGGGCCAGGAGCCGGGGCGGGCGCGUCGUCGGCGUGAACGCGUCGGUUUCGCGAUGUGCUCGGCCAGCGGCCUCAGGACGGCUUUCACCUGCAGCCUCCCAGGUCACAUCACGCCCCAAUACUUCCGCUGUCUCGCCCACGCCGCCCCCUGCGCGCGCCGGCCGUGCGAACGAGUGCCCGGCUUGCACGUCGCGGCGGGCACCCAUGCUGGCCGUGCAUGCAGGCGGCGGAGAGCCCCUCGGAUUCAACGGCCGCGGGACGACGCCGUGGACGCCGUGGACGCCUGCUGCGACAUGCACAUCCAGGGCCCAAGUCGUCCAAAUCCACCGCCAGAACCCCACAUGGUGCGGUUCGCUGCGAGAGGCCAGGCCGCCAGCGGUGCAGCCAGCUCCAGCCGCACGCCCACUCUCGACUCUGCUCUGCCAGCUCGACGACGAGCAGGAGGCAUGAGAGGCCUGCGAGGCCUGCGCGGCCUACUUAGGCUCGCCGUAUACGCGCUAGAGGUGCGUGAGACACCUAUGCCGCCGCGAUUCGAUCCCAGCGAGAGCCUGUCUCGCGCGCUUGCCACGGUUUAUUCCCUCUUGUUGCAAUUGAGGCCGCGUUUUCUUUCUCUGUUGUCGGCCUGGAGUGGCUGCUUCGGCCAUCUAUCAGAGCAUAAUCUCCUAUCCCGGUCACCACCAUGCCCCGCCCAUCGUGAUCUUGCGCGCAUCGGUCCCCGCUGUCCAUGGCCUGCCCACCGAGGCCCCGCGUGA